AUUUAAGCAUGCAACAAAUGAUUAUUUAACAAUUUUAACUAGUGAAACGUUACAGAUAGAGUUGGUGAACAGACAUGUGUAGGGUGUCAUCGUUAUUUUGUAAAUGCGCUUUGUCAAAAACCAUGCCAAGAAUAUUCUGGAUACAGAAGGAUCAGAUUUCACAGAUCAUAACCUUAUAAAUGGAGAAAAAAUAUCUUCUCGUCAAACGUCAAAAGCAAGAAAUCAACGACUGAAAUGUAUCUAAUGUGGAUAAAGGAACUUCUGAUUGUGGCUUGUAUGAUUUACACUGGCGGUUGCACAAUUGUCAACGAUUACGACGGACAUAUGAAAUUCGAAUGUGCUAGUCGUAACCAGUUCAUAUCCCGUGUCUCGAGUGUACACAGCAAUCAUCGAGAAGAUCGUGUAUUCCACAUGAGUUGUCGAAAUUUUCCAAUUAAUGUUGCUGGUCUGACGCCAUCGUGCUAUUGGACAGGGUAUAUAAACGACUGGGACAAACAGAUGAUAUUUCAAUGCUCCGGUAAUGGGUACAUAGGUGGAUUUCAAAGUGACCACCACAAUCGCCAUGAAGACAGGAGAUGGAAGGUCAAAUGUUGUAACAUGAAAGGAAUUUACUUAGCUGGAUGUAACCAUACUCCCUGGACCAACGACUGGGAUAACAAGCAGAACUUUAAUGUCGAACCUAACCGAGUUAUGACAGGCAUCAACUCAAUUCAUAGUAAUCAAAAAGAAGACCGCCUUUACAGGUACAUGACGUGUGAACCUAUUCGCAUUAAGAAGGAUCGGCUGUGAUCGACAGAGACACCUGAAUUACAGGGAAUUACAGGGGAAUGCACCUUGAAUUACAACGAAUUAACUUUGAAUUUCAGUGAACAAAAUUACUUGCAUGUACUCCUUUAAUAUUCUUUCUAAAUGCAACAUUUUUUCUUCUUUCCGUUUGUACAUCAGAGACUGACAUUUUACAUAUACUUGUAAUUGUCAUAACAUGCUUUAAGGCCCAUUAAGCCUUGACAAUGGAUUUAUUUUCUUAAACAUUAUACGUUUUGGUGCCUAUUAAACCGUUUUUUACUUAUUGUCAAUAGUACUGAACCAAACUUUGUUUCUUUUGGGUUUUGAUAAUUAGUACGGUUAAAGUUAAUUUGGCAUUCUAGUAAGGUAGCCAAAAUAUCUUUUUGUUUACAUUUUGUUACCUUUAAUCAUUUUAAAUUCAGCACUAUUUGCUUCAUGUUAAAAGCAUAUAAUAAGUCCAUUAUUACAGCAUCUUAAAAACACAUGUUUGCACUUUCUACAAAAGAAAAAAGAUUCAUUUCUGAGGUUGAAUGUGCCUUUAAUCUUUAUUCAAUUGUGUUGCCCUGCUUUACUUAUAUUCAAGUUAUCGUUUGGCAAUAUUGGCCCGAGACAUUUGCGUACUCAACGAUCAUUCGUCUGAAAUUAUCGGAUUCAGAAGCUAAAAUCUAAUAGUGUAACACUCAUUGCUAGCCUCAGUGAUAGACUUUUCAACUGAAGUUGGUAAUUUCAAAUCAUGUUGAAACUAUUUUUAUUUACAUUUUAUUACAUUGUGUAUUUUCAUCAUUAUUGUUUUGUGAAACAUGACCACUUGCAUGCGAAUCAACCAAUGUAAAACAAUUAAUGAAAUAUUAUAUAUUCAUAUGUUUAUUAAGGUUAUGAACUUAAAAUGAUUAUAUAUGCGAGGAAUUAAACAAGUACAUAGAAUUCACCCACUCAUGCUGCAUAUAUCUUUAAAAAGAAAGAAAUACCAGUAAAUUGUUAAGAAAAUUUGAAAAAAAGAGUUAUUCGGGAGAUUCUUACUUGCAAACAUGUGAUUACAAUUCCAUUGUACUUACCACUAGGCCAUCGGGACGUAAUUAUUGAUUGAAAUAACAAGAAUUAUAAUAUCAUUUAAAGCCAAUGUGCAAAUCAUAACUUAUUAAGGAACCUAACGAAAAACAUCCGAAAAUUUAUCAGUCUAAGGUCAAUAUUGCCAAACAAUAUGUAUUGCUUUGUUUGUUUCGCCAUAAUAAGUAUAAUGUUGUAGCAAUGUACAUUAUUUUUAUACAGCAAAUUUCCUUUAUUGAGAAAAAUUGAAACUACUCUGUGAAUUGACUGCAGCCGUGUAUAUAAAUUAUAUAACCAAUGAAAAGCGACGUAACAAACAAAAAUGAAUUUACUGCAUCCGUUGUUAUAAAUUAUAUAACCAAUGAAAAGCGACGUAACAAACAAAAAUGAAUUGACAGCAGCCGUGUUUGUAGAUUAUGUAAACGUCAGGAUUAUCCAAUUAUAAGCAACGUUACACACGUGCAGUAUUAUGAAUGAAUAUUUUAAAAGCAAAUAGACAUUGAACAUCACAUAUUUUGUAUUUUAUGUUUUCAUGGUAGCAUAAUAGCAUCUUAAAGUCAACAUAUUUUAGUAAAUGCAAAAGAGUUGUAAAUCUGCCCUUUUCUGUACACGAUCCUUUAACAUCAGGCAUAUACUGCAUGUAGUAAAUUUUUGAUUUUACAAAACUUUAUUUUAUAAGAGAUUAAUCAGAAAUUUUUGAGAGUUAUGAAAAGUUGUGUACUGAAAAUAAUAUGUCUCAAUGUUUGCCACUUUAUGUAUGUACUUAUCCUGAGCUUAUUAAUGAAUAAAAGGAUUGCAUUCUAACUUU